UUGCCAGCCUCGGUCGAAUUUUGUAAACUGAUGCACGGCACAAAGCGAAUUUCAUCGUCAUCGGAAGCAGUUCAGUGAAAUUCGUGAAAUAGUUUCCUUUUUUACGUGUUUAAGUGUCGAAUUUGGUCUUCUAAAUGGGUCAAAACCAAUCGGCCGGAAACGGCGGUGACAAAAAGGAUGACAAGGACAAGAAGAAGAAGUAUGAGCCCCCGAUUCCGACCCGGGUCGGCAAGAAGAAGCGCAAGGCUAAGGGACCGGAUGCGGCCAUGAAACUUCCGCAGGUUACUCCACACACCCGCUGUCGGCUGAAGCUGCUGAAACUGGAACGGAUCAAGGAUUAUCUGCUGAUGGAGGAGGAGUUCAUCCGGAACCAGGAACGUUUGAAGCCUCAGGACGAGAAGAACGAGGAGGAACGUUCCAAGGUUGAUGACCUGCGGGGAACACCUAUGUCAGUUGGUAAUCUGGAAGAGAUUAUUGACGAUAACCAUGCAAUCGUGUCCACUUCCGUGGGUAGCGAGCAUUACGUUAGCAUUCUUUCCUUUGUCGAUAAGGAUCAACUCGAACCGGGUUGUUCCGUUCUGCUGAACCAUAAGGUUCAUGCCGUGGUCGGAGUUCUGGGGGAUGAUACUGACCCAAUGGUCACCGUCAUGAAACUUGAAAAGGCUCCUCAGGAAACCUAUGCCGACAUCGGAGGAUUGGACACCCAGAUCCAGGAAAUUAAGGAAUCCGUCGAACUGCCCCUAACCCAUCCGGAGUAUUAUGAAGAAAUGGGUAUCAAACCACCAAAGGGUGUAAUCCUAUACGGGCCUCCCGGAACGGGGAAAACUCUUCUGGCCAAAGCCGUUGCCAAUCAGACGUCAGCCACCUUCCUGCGUGUCGUUGGAUCGGAACUGAUCCAAAAAUACCUUGGCGAUGGACCGAAGCUGGUUCGUGAGCUCUUCCGUGUGGCAGAAGAACACGCCCCCUCCAUUGUUUUCAUCGAUGAAAUAGAUGCCGUCGGAACGAAACGGUACGAUUCUAACUCCGGUGGCGAACGAGAAAUUCAGAGAACCAUGUUAGAACUGCUCAACCAGCUGGAUGGGUUCGAUUCGCGUGGGGACGUGAAAGUCAUCAUGGCAACCAAUCGAAUCGAAACGCUCGAUCCGGCUCUGAUUCGCCCGGGUCGAAUUGACCGGAAGAUCGAGUUCCCGCUGCCGGAUGAAAAAACCAAACGGCGCAUCUUCAACAUCCACACCGCUCGCAUGACGCUGGCCGAGGAUGUUAACCUUUCGGAACUAAUUAUGGCCAAGGAUGAUUUGUCCGGUGCCGACAUCAAGGCCAUCUGUACCGAGGCCGGUUUGAUGGCUCUGCGGGAGCGCCGUAUGAAGGUGACCAAUGAAGACUUUAAGAAAUCGAAGGAAAGUGUCCUCUACCGUAAGAAGGAGGGAACGCCAGAAGGACUGUACUUGUAGGGUGGUUUUGAAAAGUGAAUGAUUAUUUAACUUUGCAAACUAACAUGCAUUAAUCUAUAGCUCGUAUCAAUUCGGCUCAUUUGUGUAAACGGUAUUGCUACCAAUAAAUGAAACAAAAAUGUAAAA